AUGAAUCAGGCCUCACUCUAUCAGAACGCCAACCAGGUGCAGCGCCACGAUGCGAAGCUGAUCCUUGAGGAGUUCGCCUCGACGCUGCAGUGGCGAUCGGACGGAGAGGACGCGCUCCUUGAUGUGGGCUCUGGAUCGGGUAAUGUGCUGAUGGACUUUGUGAAGCCACUGAUGCCGCAAGGUGCCCAAUUGGUGGGCACUGAUAUCUCCAGCCAAAUGGUGGGCUUCGCCAGUAAGCACUACCAGCGGGAGGAGCGGACACAGUUCCGAGUGCUGGAUAUCGGCUGUGAACGACUGCCGCAGGAGUUGAGCGGAAGAUUCGAUCAUGUUACCUCGUUCUACUGCCUCCACUGGGUGCAGAAUCUACGCGGUGCCUUGGGCAAUAUUUACGACAUAUUGAGACCCGAAGGUGGUGAUUGCCUGCUGGUUUUCCUCGCCUCCAAUCCCGUGUAUGAGGUGUACAAAAUACUUCGAUUGAAUGCGAAGUGGUCGGGCUAUAUGCAGGAUGUCGAGCAAUUCAUCUCCCCGCUGCACUAUAGCACCAAUCCUGGCGAGGAGUUCAGUCAGCUGCUCAACGAAGUGGGUUUCAUACAGCAUAAUGUGGAGAUUCGCAGCGAGGUUUUCGUCUACGAGGGUGUCAGGACCUUGAAAGAUAAUGUCAAGGCCAUUUGUCCUUUCCUGGAACGCAUGCCAGCGGCUCUGCAUGAAGAUUUCCUGGAUGAUUUCAUACAGAUUGUCAUCUCCAUGAACCUCCAGCAGAGCGAUCAAGAUAACGAUCAGGAUCAGAAGUUUAUAUCCCCAUACAAGCUUGUGGUUGCUUAUGCUCGCAAGUCACCAGAAUUUGUGAACAAUGUUAUGAUUGAGACCCCACAUCAGAAGCUGCUCAAGGGCCUGAAUUAGAGGGUCCUUUGUGCUUUAGUGAAAUAUUUUUUAUCUUAGCUUGAUAAUAGUGCAGAAAAUCGAGUGCUGAACUAGUUAAUGUUAUUUUGCCAGUUAAACAGAGUCUAUUAAUGCCAAAUAAUAAUAUUUACCUAUAGUGGUUAAUAUUUUGUGGUCAUAAAGUUCCUAAAAACUAAAAAAAAUACACGAAAUGAGGAUAACUAUGGGAAAUUUCCAUUUAUGUAAGAAAUAGAUUUAUUU